AUGACGAUGCCUCGUCUUCUCCCGGCCGUGCUGGGUGUUGCCGCACUCCUGGCGACUGCUGUUGUCUUUCUGCUGGAUGUGGCAAACGCCCGCACGGCACGAAAGUCCUCGACGGUACAGACAGCUGCCGCUGUGGCAUCUGGCUUCGAAGCCAUCAUGUUUGUCCUGUUGGCCGUUCUUCUUUCUACCUGCCUUCGCAAGGCGUCCCGUCCAAAACGGUCAGCUGGCAUCUGGUUCGCUGUGAGUCUGGUUGGAAGUGUUGUUGCAACAACUGCAUCGGUUGUGGUACUGGUGAUCCUUGGCCAAGAUACGGAGAACGAGCUGAUUCUCGGCGGACCCGAGUUGAACUUCUUGAUUGGUGCAGCGGUUGGGCUUGGUUUCGCUUUUGCCGGCCAACUUCUUUUUGUGGUGGUCUAUUUUGUCGUCAGCCGACUGUCCGGUUCUGAUCAGAUUCAAUCGAGCCGUAACGAGGAAGAAGGUCGCUUUACUCCGCAGAUGCGGGUCAAAUCAAUCCCGUAUACACGAACGACCGUCACCAGCGCAAAGUCCAAAGAAUGGCAGGUAACAGAUCACCAAAGCCCACCCAGCACUAGCAGCGGCCAUUCGGUUGCCGGUACUUUCAGUUCUAUCCGAACCUCAAUCUCUCAUGCUGUGCGACCGAUCUCAUCUAAGACCCGACUGCUUUCAAUGAGCUCGAGAACCGGAAGCAUCUACCAACAACGGCGAACUGCUUCCCUUGAGUCGACUAGCAACCAGGAACGUUCCAGUGUUGUAGAGGAUGGUUUUGAUUCUUGGGAUACGUCUGGAGUCGACUCCCAGAGUCGACAAACGGUUCUGGAAACCUCAUCACCACCAGCCCCUCGAUUCUUGGAAACAAUCCCCGCAAGCCCGACGACGAGUCGAAGCCCCAGCCCUGGUUGUGCGCUAGACCUUGAGCCGCCCAAGAAGACACGUAGAAGAAGUCGAAGCUACAGCCCGGUACCCAAGCCCCCGCCCUUGUUGACAGCCCAUGCCUCAACAAGCGAGCUACACAUACAUCCUUUGUUCCGGUCUGAUUCUCCUACACCGCCGCCCGCAGCGACCCCUGGCACGUCAGUGGUGGCGGCGCCCCAAGCUGGAAGGACGAUCUCCGAGAAGUCGCUUACCCGGAUGCGCAGCGGCAGUUUGCCAUCAUCUCCCAGUCCUCUCAACCGGUCAGGAAGCUACGACAGCGGCCGCAUGACUCCAACUUUGGCGGAGGCGAUCGAAGAAGAGGAGCGGAGGAUGACACCUCCUAUCCCCGGGUGGGUUCUUGGCGCCGGCUCUCGAACGAGCUUCACUGAAUAUCAGUGUAGGAAAUUACGGGAUGGAGAGAUUGAUAUGACUGCGGGGGGUUUAGGCAUCUCUCAAUGA